GUCAUUUCGCACUGCACUUUGUAUUACAUUUUUUACGAGUGAACAUGUCGAGCCCCCAGAGCAACGAGCAUAAAGUAGAUGCCAGCUGGAUUGGUUGGUUCGUUGGGAAUAAAAGCAACGAGUUCGUCUGCCGCGUGCCCAUCGGCUUCAUAGAGGACAAGUUCAACCUGACGGGGCUGGAGUACUUGAAAGACACACUGAACGUGGUCCUGGAACCGUCGUUCGACAGGUCCAUGGCCUGGGUCUCCGGCUACGAGGAGAAGCUGUACGGCAUGAUCCACGCCAGAUACAUUAUGUCGGCGCGUGGCGUGGAAGAUAUGCGCCUGAAGUAUGAGAUGGGGGACUUCGGAUCGUGUCCGAAGUUCUACUGUAAGGGGCAGAAAGCCCUGCCAGUGGGCCUCAGCGACGAGUGGGGCCAUUCCACAGUUAAGAUCUACUGCCCAAGCUGUAAAGACGUCUUCCGGCCGCGAUACCGUCCAAAGCUGGAUGGAGCCAUGUUCGGGACCAGCUUCCCGCACAUGUUCUUCAUGCAGCUGCCGAUGUUGAGACCCCAGCCGCCCGUGGAGAAGUACGCCCCCCGUCUCUAUGGAUUCCGGUUGCAUGAGUCGGCCUUGAUGCCGCUCGAAUCGAGCGAGCCCUCGACCGAGACCGAGACCGAGACCGAGACCGAGACCUCGACCGAGACCGAGACCGAGACCGAGGCUAUCGGAUCCUUGCCCACCUCGUCCCCCUCCUCCUUCCCGAAUUGACCAGGAUGUUUAACUCCACACGAUAUCUUGUUGUUGCAAUUAAACACAUUCCCCAGUGCGUUGAUAUGGCCAGCUACCACAUACUCAUUCACCUCUUACACUUCAAACCCCUAAUACACCCAUACCACCUUUUCUAAAAAAAAUGUAAGCAACUAA